UAUUGCUAAAAAUCAAAAUCACAGAACAUCUAAGUGCGCGUAAGUAAAAUAAUGCUGUUGUUGGGAAUACAUAACUAGCUCCAAGAACGAAUUUUAGGCCGGGUGUGGUGUGGCUCUACUCAAAAGAGAAGAGUAUAGCAAUAGCAAGCAAAAAGUAUCGAAUGAAGAAUCUCCAUUUCCAUUGCGUUACGUUAUGUUAGUUACGGAAUACGGACACAAGAGUUUGUGUACUAAAAUUUGUCCGACAUCAAUCAAUAUCUCGGAAAUAAUUAAAUGCAUUUUAAAGUGCAUUGGUUACGUGUUCGUUAUCAACUUUUGUGUUGUGAAUGGUUUACGUGUGAUUAACCUAAUGAUAUCUAAAAAUCUGUGGACAUUUGUUUUUAUUAUCGCAAGAUAAUAAAGAUUUUAGGAGCCAUUUACACAUGGCGAGAAGUCACGUAGACUUUGUUUGGUGAAAUGUGGAGUGGACUGCGACGCGUCAAAUAGUGAAAUAAACCAUUAAAUUGUUAGCACAACAAAAUUUUAUAAAAUGGAUAGCAAAAUUAUACAAAAAAAUGCCAUGCAGAAAACAGCCGAGUUUACUUUCACGGCGCCGCCUGAGGCUCCCGUGUUUGAGCCCACAGCCGAAGAAUUCAUGGAUCCACUCGGCUAUAUCGCCAAAAUUCGGCCCGUCGCGGAAAAGACCGGAAUAUGCAAAAUAAAGCCCCCAGCACGAUGGCAACCACCAUUUUCAUUAGAUGUAGACAAAUUGAAAUUUGUCCCACGGAUUCAGAAAGUUAACGAGUUGGAAGCCAUUACGCGAUUGAAACUUUUGUUUCUUGAAAAAAUUUUGAAAUUCUGGGAUCUCCAAGGCUCUCCCCUUAAAAUACCCAUGAUAGAAAACAAAACUUUGGAUUUAUAUUGUCUUAAAUUCUGGGUUAACGAAGAGGGCGGUUUUGAAAAUUGCAAUACUCCGAAAAAGUGGCGUAAGAUAGCCCAUUCUAUGGGAUACAGUCAGAAUGCAAACACAAUGAAUUUUCUCAGAAAUAAUUACGAGAAAAUCCUCCUGCCCUACGAUAUUUUCGAAAAGAGCAAAGCUGAUAUAUUAAAAACUGUUAAAAAGACCGAAAUAAAAGACGAAAAUGAUGCAAACAAAUCUCACACAUUUCGAGAAAUAUCACUGGAAUCCAUAAAAAAAUUUAAUGAGGAAGAAGAAGAUGAAAAACCCCACACCAGUAUUAAAAAGAUGAAGACAGGGUCAGAUAUAAAAUCAGACGUGGACAUCUCUGGAACUAAAACAGAAAAUAAACCAGAAAGUGAAGAAAUAAAGUGCAAUAGAGAACUUAGAAGACUUGCUUGCUAUGGUCCAGGUCCUAAAAUGCCUGGAUUGAAUGAUGAGGAAUUUGAUAUAACCAAGUCAAGAAAAAGACCUAGAUAUGAAAUGGAUCCUUUAGCUAUUUAUACUUGUGCUAUUUGCCAAAAAGACCAUAGAGAUGAUCUACUUCUGAUUUGUAAUGGCUGCUCAGACACUUAUCACACCUUUUGCCUGAAACCCCCACUUAGUUCAGUACCAGAAGGAGACUGGCGUUGUCCCUGUUGCAUAGCAGAAGAAGUCCACAAACCUGCUGAAGCCUUCGGGUUUGCUCAAGCUGAAAGAGAAUAUACUCUGCAGCAGUUUGGAGAAAUGGCUGAUAAAUUCAAAUCUGAUUAUUUUGGAAUGUCAGGACAUCUUGUGCCAACCAGUGUGGCUGAAAAAGAAUUCUGGAGGAUUAUUUCAUCAGUAGAAGAAGAUGUAGUAGUGGAAUAUGGUGCAGAUUUGCACUCAAUGGAUCAUGGCUCUGGAUUUCCAACCAAGUCUUCCUUAAAUCUGUAUCCAGGCGACCAAGAGUAUGUGGACUCUGGAUGGAAUUUAAACAAUCUUCCAGUGUUAAAUGGCUCUGUGUUGAGAUUCAUCAAUGCUGAUAUAUCUGGCAUGACAGUCCCAUGGAUGUAUGUUGGCAUGUGUUUUUCUGCUUUCUGCUGGCACAACGAAGACCAUUGGAGCUAUUCUAUCAACUAUUUACAUUGGGGAGAAGCUAAAACUUGGUAUGGAGUGCCAGGAAGUGGAGCGGAGCUUUUAGAGAAAGCCAUGAAGGCAGCAGCUCCUGAUCUCUUCCAAUCUCAGCCAGAUCUACUCCAUCAGUUAGUUACAAUAAUGAACCCAAACAUCCUAAUGGCUGCAGGAGUGCCUAUCUACAGGACUGAUCAGCAAGCAGGAGAGUUUGUUGUCACUUUUCCCAGAGCCUAUCAUGCAGGUUUCAACCAAGGUUACAAUUUUGCAGAAGCUGUCAACUUUGCUCCACCAGACUGGCUUAAAAUUGGAAGGGAUUGUAUAACACAUUAUAAAAACUUGAAAAGGUUCUGCGUCUUUUCACAUGAUGAGCUGAUUUGCAAAAUGGCACUUGAAGGUGAUCGCUUGGACUUGGAAACUGCCUUAGAGACACAAAAGGAGCUAGUCCAGGCAGCCCGUGAUGAAGGACACUUACGAGCAUUGAUGGCAACCAAAGGUCUGAAGAAUGUAUGCAGAACUGCAUUUGAACUUCUGGGUGAUGAUGAGCGAUUAUGUGAAGUAUGUAAAACAACAUGUUUUUUGUCUUCUGUGUACUGUGCAGAUUGUAAAUUCAUGGCAUGCCUGUCCCACGCAGAAGAGGCAUGCAAGUGUCCGUUAGAGAAGAAAACACUAAAUUACCGAUAUGACAUGGAUGAGCUUCAUAUAAUGCUGCAAACAAUUGACUUUAGAGUCAAUAGCUUUGACAAAUGGAUGACUGAAACGAAAAACAUUUUGCUUCCGACUGCACCUGACAUUGGACGACUCCAAAAGUUAAAGAACUUGGUAGAUGAAGCAGAUGAACUUAAAAUACCAAAGUGCUCAUUAUUGUCACAGUUAAAAGAAGAGUAUACUAAAGCAACUCAUAAUGUUGAACCAAUUGUAAUAGAAUUAGAUGAUGAUUGAACAUCUAUAACAAAGUGGUUUAGUACAAAAGUAAUUUUAAGAAAGAAUUCUUGUACGAAAAUUAGAUUUGAACUGCACACUAGAUGUAGAUGAUUGAUUUUAUGUUGUUUAUUUUUUUUUGGGUUAAACUUAAAUCAAUGUUAAUAGGCAGCUUAAGUACCUACAUUUGCGAUUUUAUCAAAAUUAUCUUGGGUAGCAAAUUUAAAUAUGAAUGUUAGUGACUUUGCAAGCAACAAAUAAUCUAAGAAAAUUGAUCAAUAAAUAAACACAAUGAGUCCAGGAGUUUCAAUGUCAUUAAUGCCUAUGUGUGUACAUGACUCCACUUUUACUAUUUGUACACUAGCUAGAAAUAUAUUUUAUUGUUUGACAAGUGUAAACUCCUGAUGACUGGCUUUCAAAAUUUGCCAGCCAAAUCAAAUUGGGGCUUAACAUAUCAGGAGAUGAUUGUGACAGCAGUUUUAAUAUACGGGACGGGUAAAAAUACGGGACGCGAAACUUAAAUACGGUGACAGUCUCGUAUAUACGGGACGUAUGGCAACCCUAUGUAUAGGCAAUAAGGUUGUGUAUACAUAUUUUUGGCACUUUUUCCGUGUCGGUAUUUCAUACAUUAACUGUACUUUGUGUAGGGUGCGGGUCAUCAGGAGGAUGUCUCAAGACAACUUGUGCUGAUUCAAAUUACUAAUGCAGUAAUACAAAUUAGAGUAAACAACACAGCAUUAGCAAGUUAUUUUAUUCUGAAGACUGUAAAUUUAGCAACUAAGUAGUGACCAUUGAAAAUACUUUUGUACAAACUAUGAUGACCUUGUGUAAUUUAAUUUAAUAUUUUGAGGUUUGGUUAAAUUUUUCCCCUAACUAAUUUUAACAAUGAUGACUUCUCUAUGUGGUACACUUAAUUCUUUUCAUGGAGGUAUAAGACCUUAAUUCUGAUUAUUGUGUAGGUAAUUAAAUUUAAUGUUGUAUAAUUCACUAUUUACUUGAAAUGUAAAACCCUACAUCCAUGCUAUAAUUGUUUUGACAUAUUUAGCGCCAGUGCAGCAUAACAUGGGAAAACCCGUAUGUAGCGAAAAGCGCCUACUAACAGAGAACCCGCCUAGCGGAGUUCAGUGUUGCUACAUCUGUGUCUGAAAAUGUAAGUGUAAAUUUAAAUAAAUUUUGAAGGGAUGUAGGUAUUUCUUUUAUAAGAUUGUAAAAUAAGCCCACCGAAAUAAUUCACAAUAAGGUAUGGGAAUGUUGAUGUAAAUUAUAGGUAUGCCACUGUAAGAGGAAGGAAAAUCUGUUCUAUUAUUUAUAAAUUGCUAUUGAUCUCAUCAUUAGAAGUUAACUGCUUUCUAUCCAUUCAUCAAAAAUUAUUACAAAUUGCGAGUGAAGGGCAAGCAAUGUUUCCAUAUGUUGAAGUGAGUGGGUAGGUAGUCAAACUAUAUUCAUAUCUGUUAUAUCGAAUAGGUACUUGAGAAACUUAGGGCUGGUUGCACCACACAAAAUCGACAAACUGGUUACCGAUGACGACAGCAGCUGUGAUCCCAUCCCAUUGAGAACUAUAGUUGUUCAUAUUUAUAAAGAACUACUAUUACAGAUAGUUCAGUGCAACCAGCCCUAAGCCAGUAAUUUUUUGAGAAACAAGGCUGAUUUCUUCAUGUACAUGAUGGUCAUUAUUUUCACUAAGUGCUGACCCAGUGCUCACAUCCUAUGGUAGGGUAAACCUACCUAUUGUUAUUACUAUUAGUCAAUUCUGUUGACUGACCCGCUGCAUAAGUUGACAAGGUUUACAGCACCGAUCAAUGGUUGUCUUACCCUAAUAUUAGGAUGAAAAAUUAGAUUUACAAUAAUUCGAUACCUAUCUGUUGAAAGUAUAUUUAUGUGUGGAGUGGUAUUAAUGUCAUGCAUCACAAAAAUAAUUUAUUAUGGUAUAGUUUUUUAAUUCUGAGCUCUUAGAAUGUAGGAGUAAUUUUAAUGUUAACAUUACGAUUUAGGCAACUAAACGUAAGGCUAUGACAUAACAUUGUAUUUGUAUAUUCGCCUGCUUAGUUCAGUUAAGAGAUAGCCAGUAUUUUUGUCUAUUUAUUGUAAAUUCGUUCAAAUUUACCUAAGUUGUCUAAGUGUUAAGUACCGAAUUCAAUCUAUCCAUUCAAAAUUUGACCUGAAUAUAUUAAGUAGAUAUUUUAAUUGUAAAAAAAAAUUGUCGAGCGUUAUUUUGUCUCAUGUCAUCAUAGUAUCAUGUCUAUAGGUAAUUCAACCUUAUGUCAAUUCAUUAAGGUUCAAUAUCUGGACUGGUAGCAUGGGUUAUUUGUCCAUUUUACCCGGCUUCACGACAGCAAAGACAGAUUUAUGUUUUGUAUAUUUGUCCUGGAUACUUCGACAACCCCCCUAGUUUCAAUUUGUUAAGCUUAAGCCAAAUUUGAUAACAGAUUAAUUUCUGUUAUAUUUCUUUUGACAUGUCCGAAUGAAUGUAUGAUUUUCUGUUUGAUUGAAAAGAAAUAAACAGACGAAACAGUUUAUUUCUGAAUAAUUCAAAUUAUUCCAGUUGUGUGAUUUGUACUGUGAUUGAAGAAUUUUGUUUAUUUUAUGAAUGAUACAGAUAAGUUUUCUGCCUCACAAUAAGGCUAGUAAACUUUAAAAAUUAAGUUUAUUGAAUGAGUAUUAGAAAUAAUAAAUAUGUUAAAAUGAGUAAUUAAAAUCUUAUAAGUCUA